AUGAAUCUUGAGUUGAUAUAUGUUUAUCGAUUGGUCGCAAGUAGUCUUGCGGGCACCACUGUAAUAUGGUCCAUGAUUAAAAGACACAAGAAGAGUCGAGCUCUCCCACCAGGACCAUGUGGCGUGCCUUUCCUGGGCUGCCUACCCUGGAUGAACAAAGGUGCACCGCACCACUGGUACUUGUCUUUGGCGGCUCGUUACGGGGACAUAUUUUCUUUGAAACUUGGUAGUAACCUGGUGGUUUGCAUCUCAUCACCUAAAUUAUUGAGGGAGUUUUUCAAUAGAUUUGACUCGACUGGCCGACCGCGUACGCCGCUGAACAAUCUUCUUGGUGGUUAUGGAAUCGUACUUAGUGAGGGUGAAUUGUGGAAGCGGCAAAGGCAGUUUCUUCAUGAUAAAUUCCGGGCACUGGGUGUUAAACUAUGGACCUAUCAGAGAUUCGAGAAGUACAUAAUCGCGGAAAUCGAAGAAAUGAUUCUGGUAAUCGAUAAUAAGAAUGGACAAUCAUUAGACCCAGUGAUUGUUUUGGGACGUCACAUCCACAACGUCAUCUGUCAACUGAUGAUGAGUUUUCGCUUCGAAGAAGAUGAUCGUAAAUUUACAUCGUUUAACGAACUCAUCUCUAGAGGAAUGAAGCUAUUUGGAUCGAUUCAUAUUGGGGAAUACUUAUCUUUUUAUAUGAAACUUCCCGGUAAAAAGGCGGUGCUAAAGGAAAUAAGUAACAAUCUGAAAAAUAUCAGCAAAUUUCACGAGGAACAUUUGAUAAAGCGCGUCGAGGAACGUUCAAGGUCGUCGACUCACCACGAACCUGAAGAUCUGUUGGACUUCUAUAUCCAACAAAUGCAUAAGGACACCGAUGACGGUGAAAUGCAGUCCGUUUUGAAAGACAAGGAUAAGGUGAGACAGGUGGUACAAGUCAUGAACGAUUUAUUUUCUGCUGGCAUGGAAACAUCGAGGACUGCUAUAGUAUGGAUCAUAAUAAUCAUGUUGCGUGAACCAGAGGUUGCAAACAGGGUUCGAACUGAACUCGCGGAAGUGGCCGGAACUGGACAACUCAUCACUUUGGAACACCGUUUACAAUUGCCGUACCUUGAAGCCGUAAUCUUUGAAACCCUUCGUCGAACCUCUGUUGUGCCUCUGGGCACCUCCCACAUGAACACUGCGCAAUGGAAAAUAAAUGAAUACAUCAUUCCUCCCGGUACAACUAUCGUUCCCUUGAUCAACAAAAUUAACAUGGACCCUCGCUACUUCCCGGAGCCAACGAAAUUUAUUCCAGAAAGAUUCCUCUUGAACGGCAAAGCUCAUAUCCCCGAAUACUUCAUACCGUUCGGAGUCGGUCGUCGAGUUUGCUUGGGCGACCAGCUGGCCAGGAUGGAACUCUUUCUCUUCUUCGCAAAUCUGAUGAACCAUUACGAUUUCAUGCUGCCGGAAGGUGACGAGAUGCCCGCUUUGGAGGGGUCCUUUGGUACUAUCCAUGCACCGCAUCCUUACAGGAUCAUUUUCAAGAAGAUACAGAAUUAG